CGGGGUCGCCUCCGCGCCGGGGUGUGGCUCCGGGUCGGGCUUCGAGUGCCGGGAGCCCCGCGCACUCCCCGCGCCGGGAGCGGCCUCCAGACGCGACCGCGCAGAGCCGGAGAACACGGCUGUCCCUUGUGCCGACGGAGGAAGUGUUGAUGCCUGCGCCACGGUCACCUGCACAGCCGCGGCUGCGGGCGUGAGGGAGAACGCAGGUCUGCGGCCCCCGAGGGAGGAGACUGCCCUCUGUCCCCAGGUGUGGUCAGCAUGGGCCCCGUGGGCAAACAGAGCCCCUCAUCUCUGCCAGUCCCCGCGGGAGGGUCCUGCCUCAUCCUCUUCUUCUGCCUGCGCCUGGGCGCGUCCUGCCCUCAGAGCUGCCAGUGCCCUGAGCACGCAGGGGCUGUGGCGGUCCACUGCAGCUCGAGGGGCCUGCAGGAGAUCCCCAAGGACAUCCCCGCCAACGCUGUGCUUCUGAAGCUUGAUGCCAACCAGCUCAGCCACAUCCCUAACGGGGCCUUCCAGCACCUGCACCAGCUGAAGGAGCUGGACUUGUCCCAGAACAUCAUCGAGACCAUCGGCCCCGCUGCCUUCUCGGGCCUGGCCGGGGGCCUGCGUCUGCUGGACCUGUCCCGUAACCGCAUCCGCAGGAUUCCCAAGGACGCCCUGGGCAAGCUCAGCGCCAAGGUCCGCCUUUCCCACAACCCCCUGCACUGUGAGUGUGCGCUGCAGGAGGCCCUGUGGGAGCUCAAGCUGGACCCCGAGUCCGUGGACGAGAUCGCCUGCCACACGGCCGCACAGGAGGAGUUCGUGGGGAAGCCGCUGAUCCAGGCUCUGGACUCCGGGGUCAGCUUCUGCGGCACCCACCACAAGACGACGGACGUGGCCAUGCUGGUCACCAUGUUCGGCUGGUUCGCCAUGGUGAUCACCUACGUCGUGUACUACGUGCGCCAGAACCAGGAGGACGCCAGGCGGCACCUGGAGUACCUGAAGUCCCUGCCCAGCGCCCCCGUCUCCAAGGACCCCACCGGCCCUGUGCCCUAGUGCCCGCUGGACAAAGCAGAGCAGCACCCACCUGUCCUGCGUCACUUCCGUAGCAGGUGACGGCUGACCCGCGCUUUUUGGGCCCCAAGCGGUGGGUCCUCACAGCCCCCCACCCCACAGAGCCCUCCCCUGCGUUGCACUGAAGUCACUACGCCCCACAUCAAGUCCAGAACGUGACCAUCGGGCCCUUGCAUGGGCCAGGAAGCCAGAGCUCGGAGAAGUGGCGUUGCCCACAGCCACAGUCAGGCAGUGACCCCGUAGGGACUUAAAACCAGGCCGUCUGUCAAUGACAUUCCAUGUCCCUUGCGCUCUGCCGGCCUCAUCCGUGUGGCGCCUGGAGGGUGUGAGUUGCACUCCGAGAAGCAAGGCUCCGGUCCACGCGCGUGAGGUCAGCCCGCAGACGGCGGGGUGUAGACUCCUCUGCAGAAGGCAGAACGGACUCAGCUUGUCCCCCGGGUAGUACUUCCGGAACGCGGGUGACCGCAGAACUCUUUCCAGAGCAAAGUAGCAGAGACCAGGUUUUUCUAGAGAGGACAGGAGGACAGCUGUUCGGCGUGUCCGGGCCGGUCAGCGGGACGCUGCCUUUCCUCCAGCAACGGGAAGUCUCUGCCUAGCUCCCUGCCCGCCUCCCCGCCUCCGCCCGUCUUCACCUCGGCCCCCCGGAACCUCAGAGCGAACUCACACUCCCCCAGCCGUGCCCCUUGUCGUUCAGGGUGCACGUUACCUGCACUUACGUAACGCGAGCCGUCUUUCUAGUUUUAUUUUUUGAUGUCUUUUGUAAGAGUACUUAUUUUUAAAUUGCUUCAGGUAUGUGGGGGGGAGCGCAAGUAGGGAUAGAUUGCCUGUGAACUGAAGGUAUGUGCAGGUUCCAAGCCUCAGGAAGCAGAUGCUUAGAAGGAAUUACAACAGAGGGUGGUUUGCCCCUGGAGGGCGUCCCGUGACCUCAAGUGGGCCUUGAACGCGGAUUCCAUCGUGCCUUGAUUCGGAGAUCCAGACCGCACAGCCGACGCCCAGAAGGCCCAUCCACACAAGGUCCUGAUUUUUCCAGUGAUGCCCCCAGUACCGCCCACAGGCUAGCACCCUGCUUCUGCGCCCACCACCCAAGCCGGGGGUGCGGGGAUGGAAGGCGGGGCCUUAGCUCCGGGGCGGGGGCGCCUGUCCUCCUGCCCGGAAGCUCGCCAUUUCCUCUUAUGCUGGAAUCAGCCCAGAGCCUGGCUUCCCCCCAAUGCAGGCUCUUCGUGGUGGGUGGGUGUAUGGGGAGUGUGAGGUGACGCUGCCCCUUUCUGAGGACCCCGGACACACCAGGGCUGGGCUGCCGGGCCCUCCUGGCCUUUCUGGCCUUUCUGGGAUCACCCUUCACGGGGACGCAUCCCAGAGUGGACACCUCCCUCCCAGAAACCCCACCAGGCCCCUAAACUCCAGGACCACGGAGCUCCUUCCUGGUCAUGGGAGCUCACAGCCCUGGUACCGGGGAGCCCUCUGCUCUCCCCUUGAGGGACGCCUCAGGACGACACCCCAGCUGGGCCCAGCCCCUUCCUUGCUGCCGCGUGUGGGCGCGUAUCCCUGGAUGCCCCCAUGGGCCCCACAGCAGACUCAGCCCGCACCCUGGCCCUGAAAUCUGUAGAGACUGUGGGGGGGGCGGUCAACCUGGCCUCAUUGACAGAAUCAGUGUUGACGGUGUCAGGUACGGGACAAAGGGGGUUCCUGUCUGUCGGGGUGGGGGGGGGUCACAGUCCUGUGGGACACGGGCGGCCCCUGACUCUCACUGUGAUCCAAAUGGGGACUCUCCGAGCACUUUAUACAGACACACGGCUUUAUACAGGACGGCUGUUGAGCGCCCUGGCCGCGGGAGGUAACGCUUCACAGGUCAGGGGUCAGGGCAGGGUGACUUUGGGGCUCCCCAUGGAGCAGAGAGCUGGAACAGCCACCCCUGCUUGGGGGGUGACAGGGCCUCCCUUCCUUCCCAUGGGGGUCGGUGGUGGC